GAUGGGCUGUGCAGCACACGAGGAAACUUUCAGCGUGUAAUACUAAUACAUGUGAACACCGGGGCUCCUCCACUACUAGGACUGCCAGAGGAUGAGAAGACAUCUGCUCCUGCCCGUCCACCCCUGGCAGCACACUGGAUGCCCAUCUUCUCUCUAACAAGGAAGGAUCAGCAUCCAAUCUGCAGGUUGUUGCGCUGAGUUUCUCAGAUCUCCAGUAAUAGAAGAGAUGAGAGGGAUACAUGAGAAGGAACACCUAAUGUGACUUUGAUGAGUGCCCUGAUGAAAUGGCUCUGAAUGGUUUCUUUGGCUGGUUUUCUUAAAGUGUCAGGAGCAGCAAGUGACACAGGAUCCGAGGAUGCAGAGAUCGGCUGCAAGGAAUAUGUUGCAGAUGUCAUCUCUAGUGAUGAUCAGCUUGGCAGCAGCGUUUUCCAGAGCGACGGAGAGCCGUGGGAUAAUAGACAGUGUACAGAGGUUUUCCUUGCUUCCAACCUACCUACCAGUGACUUACACUAUUCAUCAGAGUGAUGUUUUCUUCUUCCUAAAGGAAGCCAACCAGGAUAUCAUGAGAAAUUCCAGCCUGCAGACACGAGUUGAGUCUUUUCUCAUUUAUAAAGCCAAAAAACAACCUGUCAUGAAUGCCACAUAUGGACCAUUUUUUGUUGAACAAGAAGUGCCACAAGAUUUACUUUUUAUUCCCAAUAAUUUUGGAUUUACAGACAAAUUUACAUUUAAUUGGAAGAUCAAAGCAUAUAUCUUGAAGGAUAAAAUUUUUCAGACUAAACCCAAAGUUCAGAUAUUGUUUUAUAUUGUGGGGAGAGACUGGGAUGAUUACAGCACUGCAGAGAGACUUCCAUGUGUUAAGGUGUUUGCUUUUCGGGAAACUAGGGAAGUAAAGGGCACUUGCAAAUUGACAAGUGAUAUAGGGUUGUGUGUUGCUGAACUGGAGCUGCUUGCAGGCUGGUUUGAUCCACCUACAGUUGUCGCCGGCCAUAAAAGAAUGUUAGAGCAAACUGAUGGUAGCCCUGUGGAAUUGUACUAUGCCAUUCAGCCAAGUGAUGAGAAGGGAGAGUGUGUGAAGGAAGACACCAAGAAAAGUACCAGUCGGUCAUUUCACAGUUACAUGGAUGAUACUGGUCCACCGUUACAGAGAAUUGGAAGUGUUUAUCUUUAUCAAGCCCUCAGUAGGAACUCUUCCAUUGAAGUACAGAUUGAUGGUAAUUUGGCUAUCCGAUCCUUAUCACGGAAUAUGAGAAUUGGAGAUAUUCUAACAUAUUUUGUGUUUGCCUCUAAAAAUUUUACACAAGCCAAAUUCAAACUAAGGGCUAAACUUACAGAAGGUGUCAGUACAUUUGGUAUAAGGACCAGCUCACAUUUAUGGGAUGUUAAAGAAAACAUGGAUUUUCCAGGGCGGCUGUCUCCUGUUAUCAUUGAUUGCCAGAGGAAAUAUCCUAUUUCAGAAAACAGCAUAGGAGAAAACUUUUAUGAAAUUUUCCAGAUAGACUUCAGGAUUGGCAGUGCAACAGACCCAUCAGGAAUCCAAAUAAUCACCUGGCAAGUGGAAUACCCUGCGCAGACUGUUUCAGAACUUGGAGUAUCCAAAGUAUUCGUCAGCGAAAGAGACAUUGUGGCUGUUAUACCACUUGCAAUGGAAUCAGAGAUUCUAAACACUGCCAUCCUGACUGGGAAAACAGUAGCAGUCCCUGUUAAGACUGUAAGUGUAGACAGCAGAAGCUCAGUGACUGAUAUUUCUGAUGCGGUAGAAUGCAGAUCAUCUGAUGAAGAUGUGCUAAAGAUUUCGGAACGAUGUGACUAUGUCUUUGUAAAUGGAAAAGAAAUGAAAGGAAAGGUUAAUGCCAUUGUGAAUUUCACGUAUCAACAUUUUAAAGCCUCACUGGAAAUGACAGUAUGGGUGCCACGGCUCCCCCUGCUGAUAGAUGUGUCUGACACGGAAUUAAAUCAGAUCAAAGGUUGGAGGGUUCCUAUUACAAAUAAGAGACCAGCAAGGGACAGUGAAGAUGAAGACGAUGAUGAUAAAAAGGGUAAAGGUUGUACUUUACAAUAUCAACAUGCCUUAUUGAGAGUCCUCACACAGUUCAUUGCCGAAUCUCCUGACAUACCUGGACAGCUGAAUUACCUGCUAGGAUCUGAUUGGCAGGCGGACAUAACUGAUCUAAUUAGUGAAUUUAUCCAAAUGGAUGAACCAAAAGUUCUAAGAAUUCAAGGUCAGAUGCUGAUUGGGCAGGAAGCUGGUAUGACAACUUUACAGAUCCUGUCCCCUCUUUCGGAUGCCAUCCUAGCCGAGAAGACGGUGAUCGUCGUAGAUGAGAAAGUGACAGUCACAGAUUUAGGAAUUCAAGUAGUGACAGGAUUGUCACUAUCUCUUCAGCUCAGCCCGGGGAGCAACAGAGCAAUCUAUGCAACUACCACAGCACACGAGCACUUUAAUUCUCCAAAACAGGAAGUAGAGAUCAGUUGCUGGAUCCAGUUUAGCGAUGGUACAGUGACUCCUUUAGAUUUUUACGAUCCUAAAGACUUUUCAUUAAGUGUGACAUCAUUGGAUGAAAAGGUUUUCACUGUUUCUCAAGAUGCCAAAUCAAAAUGGCCAAUUUUCUCAGCCAUUGCAGAAGGCCAGGGAGCGCUGGUCAAGGUGGAACUCAUGAUAAGUGAGUUUUGUCAAAAGUCAAAACGAAAGAGCAUCCUCACUGUUGGAUUUGGACACAUAAAAGUCAAAUUUGGGCAGGACGCUAAAAAUGACAGCAGAAAUGUACAUUAUAGGGAUCGCUUUGAAACCCACUACAUUGGCAGAAGACAGAAGAUUUCACUAGAAGGUUUGAGACCAGAUGGUGCAUAUUUUGGCACUCCGUCAAUAGAAAGAGAUGUUAUGGUCAUGAACAGGGCUACAACUGACAGAACUCAAUUUAACAAAAAAAGAGAACGGGAUAGCCUUUUGGAUGACGAUAGUCAACUCACCAACAUCCCCAUGGAUUUUACCAGUUUUCCUGUACAGGUUGAUGUACCAAGUAAUAAUGGUGAUACAGAAGAAAAUGAUCUCGUGCACAAUUCACGAGGUCUGAGUGAUCUGGAAAUUGGAAUGUAUGCAUUGUUGGGUGUCUUCUGCCUGGCCAUACUUGUAUUCCUUAUAAAUUGUGUGACAUUUGCAUUGAAGUAUAGGCACAAACAGGUCCCAGUAGAUGAGCAAGAAACAAUGACUCAUGCACACGACUGGGUUGGUCUUACAAAUCGGACAGAGAUUUUGGAAAACAAUAUUAACUUUCCUUUGCAGCCAGAAGAGUGCAUAACGGCAGUAGACAGAGGAGUUAAUGUUACAGAAAGCAAAUACCUUCUUACUUCAAACCCACCCAAAACUGUUAAUGGACAGACAUAUAGAUCUGCAGAGACUUCAUUCAAUGAAGUGAAGGAACAAAGGGGGGAGUCUGCUGCCUCGCCUACCUCCAAAAGGAAACGUGUAAAAUUUACCACGUUUAGCAAUAUCCCUAUUGAAGAUGGAUGCCCUAACAUCAACCCCAUGUUAGUGAACAAUGAGGAUGAUAUAAAAUGGGUGUGCCAAGACUUAGACAUGGGAGAUUGCAAAGAGCUUAGAAACUAUAUGGAAAGGUUACAUGAAAAUGUAUGAACACAGACAAGACUAUUAAGGUGAAAACUUACUUGGAGCCCUUAAAAUACUGCUUUUUUCAACCACUAUCUUGCUCCACAGUUACUAUAUAAGAUGAAAUGAUGGAUUCAUGCACAAACGUUUUUUAUAUAGACUUGUACAGGGUAGAAAACAUCUAAUGUAAUGCAAAUGCUGGUUAAAAUAAACAGUUAUGUAUUGUAUGUAAUGUGUCACGCAUAUAGUGGAUAUAGCAAUGAUUAUAAAUAAUGGGGAGCAUACUACUUAAUACUUACAUAAAGAGAGAAUGCAAAAGAAUGCAGAGGCAACCAGAUUCCCUACAUUGUACAUUUAGGCUUGUUAAGUACAUGAGAAGUGCAUUGAUUAUGUGCAAAACGCGAUAACCAAAAUUAGCCAAUCAGAAUUCAUCCUCAUUGAUCUGGCUACAGUAAAUGGAAAACGUAAUGAAUGCUGUGAUUUACUGUAUGUUGCCCAUAGCCAUUUGCACUGCCUAAUUACAUAAUGUUAAGUGUAUAUUCAUUAGUUCUUGGACAGAAGGCAUGAUUAAAACACAGAGUAUUACCUAUCAGGAAGAAAAAUUACCAUUUAAUCUGUGACUGUAUAUUAGGGAUUGCAUACAAGAAGGUUCUCACCCACCCCCAGUAUUGCUACCUCUUUCCUAUACGCAGAAGAAAGAAUGCAUUGAUUCAUCAGGACCAACAUCACUGCAUUCUCACAUACACUGUCAGGACAUAAUGCAUUGACCUGGACCUGCAUGUCUGCCUGUCUUUCUUUGGUAUAUAAAGAAGUUUUGCAGAGAAGUGAAGUUUAACAUCAAAGAAAGGACAAGCAGCCCCAGAAAUUCUCUUUCAAUAAAAAGGGAUGUGUUUGUAAACCUAGGGGAGAAUCUUUUACAGAAGGUAAAUUAUCUUCAUAAAAAUUCAAGGUUCACUAAAUGUAGUAUCUGAAAAGAGAAUAUAAUUUGUAUCCAUGUACAUGACUUGUUAUUUAUGUUUUCCGUUAAAAUGAUGAAGAUCAUGAAACGUUCUGUACCCAAAUUUUGUGUUAUUUUUCAGAAUUUUCAGUACUA